AAAUAUUUUGUUUUGUGUUUGAUGUACCUUGUUUGCUUAAAUUACCUUGGUGCUAAUAACUUACUAAUGCACUCAGUUUACACAUCACUAGAUGAGUAACUAAUUUAAAAAGGAAAUAAUACAUGUUCUUUGUGUGCAGAUGAGUAUAAAGCUUUAAGGACUGGCUUGUGUUCAAAGAAAAAUGGACUUGCAUGUCUUAUUCUUGAGUUUCAAAAUCCUCUCUAUGUAUGUACACACACAAACACGCAACAUGUCUGUGACACAUAUGUAUUCAUAAACAUAUAUGGCAGAAGCCUGCCAAUUUGAUCUCUGAUGAUUAGGUUUUCCCUGAGCUAUAUAGGGUUGCCAUAUUUCAGAAAGUAAAAUUCCUGACACCCGCAAAGUUGUUGGGCUAUUUUUGGGAACAAACCCAAAUUCUUGAGCUUUUGGGGGGAAAGCAAGCUUUUGGAGCUGUUUCUGCUGUUUUUCCCUUCAUGUUGCCAUACACCCAGGUUUUCCCUGACAUUUUGUCAAUUCGGCAAAAUUCCCCCUUGACAUCAUUUUUAUACCUGAAAACCAGGACAUGUCAGGAACUUUCCUGACAUAUGGCAAGUGUAGAGCUAUACAACAUGAAAAAAGAAACAACACAUAGUUAUUUCAAGCAAAUAAAAUGCUACCAGUUCACACUUUUGACGUAGCUCUAGAAAAAUUGGAAAUGUGUUGUAGUGGUGGGCAGGAAAAAGCCGAUAAAAAUGAGGAAAGCGCACAGCAAUUUAUUUUGAGUAAACAAAAUGAUACCCCACACUCAGGUUUGUUUUGCUAUUGGAAAGCUAGCAUUGCAGUUGAUUGAUUCAAGAGAUCUGAAGAUCAUAGCUGCUCCACAUGUCCCUUGGGAUUGUAAACUGCAUGCUGCGAUUACCGGACUGCUGGCUUCACUGUGUGUGUUUGUGUGUGUGUGUGUGUGUGUGUGUGUAUAUAUUAUAAAUAUACAAAUGAAUUUCACUAUUGUCUUAAAAAAUCAUGGCCUACUGGGAAUUAGUGGUUCUAAAACUGAAGAGAGCCUUAUUUUAACAAUUAGAAGUACUGUAUUUCAAAAUUUUAUUAGUCCCCAUUUUUUUAUUAGUCCCCAUCUGAACAGUUGUUUUUUGCACUAUAAUAUGUAAAAAGGUAAAGGUAAUGGUUCAUGGGGUCACGAAGAGUCAGACACGCCUAAACGCCUAAACAACAACAACAACGAAUGGACCCUGGACGGUUGAGUCCAGUCAAAGGUGACUAUGGGGUGCGGAGCUCAUUUCGCUUCAGGCUGAGGGAGCUGGCGUUUGUCUGGGUCAUGUGAUCAGCAUGACUAAACCGCUUCUGGCGCAACAGGACACCAUGACGGAAGCCAGAGCGCACGGAAAUGCUGUUUACCUUCCCACUGCAGUGGUACUGUACCUAUAUCUUCUCGCACUGGUUGCUUUCGAACUGCUAGGUUGGCAGGAGCUGGGACAAAGCAACAGGAGCUCACCCUGUCGUGUGAAUUCAAACUGCCGACCUUCCGAUCGGCAAGCCCAAGAGGCUCAGUGUUUUAGACCACAGCGCCACCCAUGUAACUAUAAUAUGUAGGAACCUCUUCUCUCUGUUUGGAGGGUUGUGCUGCAGAUUUAGCGUUUGGGUAUUCUUUUUUGUUGCUUUCCUAUCUUGCCACAUGGGGAUUCUCUCUUUUUGCAGUCAGAUCAAUUGACCAGUCUAGUUGUUGUGAUGCUGUAUGAUCUCCAAGAUUGGAAAUUUGAAGCUCGCGAUAACAUUGAUGAUGAAGAACAAAUAGCAGAAGUCCAGGAAGUUGAGCAGUAUCUUUGCAGCUUUAAGACAAAACUGGCCGCUGCAUUAGCAAGAUGUCGAAUCAAACACGAUGCUCUUUCUCUAGAACACAUUCUGCCAGAAACGAUAAGGAAACAAGAACAAAGGGCUUCCAUGCUACCCUUGUAUGUGUGGGUCAAUUCACUUAAAAUAAGCCUUGAAGAUGUUCAUAGCACUUUACACAAGGAGGGAUUCACUAGAGUGGAAUCGGUCUCCAGUUUUGGUGGCUAUUCAUAUUGCCUGGAUAAGCACUGUGAAGACGUACUCAUCUUCCCUUCCACUCUUAAAGAAAAGCUUCUUACUCUGCAACUGUUUUCUGAUUACAAGCUCUUAUUGCAGGAUAAAUCCAGGAGUCUUGCUGUCCAUUCGGCGAAAGCCUUGCUGAAUAUGGAUGAUGACAUCUUAAUAGCACACGUGGGUUCAUGGCUCACUGUGGCUCAUAUGUCAGUACUGACAAAUCAGAUGACUUCCAAAGUGUUUGUAUGUGGAGUGAAGUCUUUGGCAAAGGAAGCGGAACUGAGGGACUUAUUUGCACAGAUGGAGUGUAAAAAUAUUGUGCUACUACGUGAAGAUUUUGCAAACAUUGAACCAACUGAUAAGCUGCAGAAAGUUAAAGUUAUUUUACUACUACCUCGGUGUUCAGGCCUGGGGGUUAGCAAUCCAAUAGAAUUCAUUUUAAAAGAACAUGAAGAUGCAGAAUUACUUAGAGAUCUCUCUCAGGGCUCUGUAGCAGAAGAUAAACUCAACUCCCUUGCUCAACAGCAGCUGAAAGAAUUGUCACAUGCAAUGCAGUUUAGCAGAGUGCAAGCUAUUGUCUACUGCACCUGUUCAGUUUACCCAGAAGAAAAUGAAGUUGUGGUGAACAAAGCCCUGGCAUCUGGAGCAGAAGGACCCAAGGCCCAGCCUUACAAGCUUUGUCCGCCUGUUCUUCCAUUGUGUUGCAAAUCAGAAAUAAGCUUGUCUGCAGCAAACUUUUUCCGACUGGAGCAAUCAGAUAUUUCUAAUAGCUGCUUUAUAGCUGUUCUAUCCCGAGAGAGGGAUCCAUCGGAGACGGUGUCUGUGAAAGAUGUUUUAGCUCGUGCUGCAGCAAAAGGGUUGUUGGAAGGGAUUAACUUAGCAAAGCCAGCUAAGAGAGAAGAGAAAAAGAAAAAGAAACCGAAAGUAACCCAGCCCAAGACACCUACUAAAGAGGCAGUGAUAAAGUCCAAAAUUCAGGAGUUCCUGGAUCGAGAAAUGAAACCGGGCAUGAUUGAGUCAGAUACUUCUGUAUCUAAUAUAUCUAAUGUAUCUAAUAUAGCUUCCAGUGCCUCUCAAAAAUCUGUGAACCAGACAAAUAGUUCCGUUCCCCUGAAGAAAACAGUCCAACCCGUCUUGAACUCUUCUCUGCCGAUGAUGUCCAAGAAUUCUCUUACUGCAGCUUCCAUGCAAAAGAUGUUUGAAAAGCAUCGAAACAUCAGGAAACCAAAGCUUGACGAUAGUGUGAUGGUCUUGAAACCUGUCGAAAUCGUCCUGCCUCCGGUAAUGGUGCCAUACUUCAACCCACAAGGAAACCGAUCCCAAAUUUCAACUAACCAUUAUUAUUAUAAUUGGGGUGGAACUUAUGACACGCUUAGCCCUUCUGCAUCCAAAAAGCUGAUCAAGACAAAAGAGCCCUCGCUUUCUUCUACAGUCAAGCAUUCUCGUCCGUGGCUUUGAAGAUGGCCUUUUGUAACUCAAUUUUUACCGUAAUUCUUUCAAAAUCUGAAACUUGCAUUCCUCUAAUGGUAAAAAACAAAAGCCUUGGGCAUUCAGUAUUCAUCUGCAUAGGGACUAAACUGCUCUAGGCAGCAGUUAAGAUGCUCACAUGCCUUUUCCACAGCUAUUAUUAUGGUAGCAGAGGGGCUGUUCUGCAGAAAGGCUUUUAUUUCAAUGAACUUUGAAGGUCAAAAUGCUUAAAUUAAUAUACAGUAUCAGAUUAUGCAGACGGGGUAAACCAGAGGUUUCAUGGGCAAUAGAUGAUCAGCUUAGAAUACAGCACACAGAUUCUGUCUGAGUAAAAACUUAGAAGUACCGAAUUUUAGGGCUAGCCAUUACAAUUAUAAACAAGAACAGGGCUUCUAAAAAGUAGAAGUGGGUUUCAGUUCUUAUUUUCUAGAUAUUUCAGCCUUGGGAAUUUGAAUACCCUACCUUGUUUCUUUUUCUAAACUUGGUUCCAGUCUGCAGAGUGAUCUUUCAAGACUUCAGCCUCUUUAAUAAUCUGCUCAAAUCUUCUCUUCCAAAAGGACUGAUUUUU